AUUGAAUGAUUGUAACGAUAGCAACGUAACAAGACGUUUACAUUGUUUGAUCAAUCAUUCGGCGUUUUAGCCGAAUUCAGUGUUUAUUUUCUAUAUUUUCAAUAUUUAAAGCUUUAAAAUGGCUCCUAAAAAAGGAAAAAAAGGAGGUAAAUCUGCCGCAAUUAUUAUUGAUGGCGUGGACACUUCGUCGAUGACCAGAGAGCAAUUGGAAAUUUUCGCAUUGAAGAUCAAAGAAGAAAAUGAACGCGAACGUGAGGAGCGCAACUUCUUCCAGUUGGAGCGCGACAAACUGCGCACCUUUUGGGAGAUUACACGUAACGAGCUCGAGGAAGCAAAAGCGAAACUGAGGAACAAAGACAGACAAAUCGAGGAGUCGUCCGAGAAGAACGAAGAAGAACUCAAGUUCUAUAAGCAAAAGGUGAAGCACCUGCAGUAUGAACAUCAGCUGAACCUCACCGACGCCAAAGCUGAAGCGAUGGUCUCGAUCAAGUUGGCGCGCGACGACCAUGCCGUGCAGGAGCGAGAAUUGCUGCGCGACAAGCGCGAGCUGAAGGCGAAAAGUCGGGAGCAGGAAAUGGCCAAUCAGGAUCACAUUAAGAACUUGAAAUUGCAAUUCAGCGAGGAACUCUACAAUGCUCGUCAGGAGUUCGAGACGCAGACGAAAGAAAUUGAACUUAAAUACGAAAAGAAGUUUAAUCAGCUGCGUGAAGAACUUGGUGUUCAGCACAAGAUGGAGAUGACUGAAGUGGAAGAGCGUAAAAAUACACAGAUCUCUGAUUUGAUCCAGGGGCAUGAGAAAUCUUUCAACGAAAUGAAAAACUAUUAUAAUGAUAUUACUCUGAACAACUUGGCGUUGAUCAGUAGCCUAAAGGAUCAAAUGGAAAUUCUAAGAAAACAAAAUGAACGAAUGGGGAAACAGGUACAGGAUUUAGUCAGUGAGAACAAAAAAUUGAAAGAUCCACUACAUCAGGCCCUGGCAGAAGUGGUAGAAUUUAAAAGACAACUUGUCAAUUAUGAAAAAGACAAGAUUUCUCUACAGAAUACUAAAGCAAAGCUUGCAGCAACCAAAAAAGAACUAAACGAGUUGAGAUGGGCAGGAGAUGCAAUGGAAUUACGCUAUGAAAGGAUUGAAGCAGAACGUAAUGAAUUGCAACUUAGAUUCACCAAAGCCAUAUUAGAUCUACAGCGUAAAACCGGUACAAAGACAGCAUUAAUGGCACACCGUAUUGAAGUACUGAUGGAACAUGCUGAACGUAGAGAAUGUGUAAUCAGCGAGUUGACUGAAAGUCCUGAACAGCGACACACCAUCAAUUCUAAAAUUGAGAAUAUUUUGGCGAAGAAAAGACAGAAGAUAAGUGAUUUGCAGUACGAACUGGCAAAGAUUGCAAAGGCACAUGAUGAUUUAAUAUACUCAUAUGAAUCUAAACUCAAGCAGUAUGGAAUUCCUGAGGCAGAAUUAGGAUUUGUUCCUUUAAGACUAGUUCCAGAGGGACAAGGUGCACCAUCCAGAGGACCAGCAGGUCUGGUAACCGCAAACAAAUAAGCAAUUGCAUGUAAAUGAUUUUUAUUGCAAAUUUUGCAAUUUUUUAAUAAAAAAUAUCUUGUGUGACCAACAUUAA